AUGGCUUCACAAUCGAGAGUGGCCGCCGUGACAGGCGCCAACAAGGGCAUCGGGCUGGCGAUUGGUAUACACUGGAAUCCAUCCCGGUCCUCACGUUAUGCUAACAGACAAAAGUCCGUCAACUCGCCCUACAGUAUCCAUCUUCGCCCUUCAAGUCGGGACCAUUCCUCAUCUACCUAACUGCGAGAUCCCCUGAGCGAGGCGCAGACGCUGUGAAAGCCCUCAACAGCGAUCCACAGCUGAAGGAAGCCAAAGUGCUGAGUGAAGAUGGCGGCGACACCACUAUCAAGUAUCAGGCCCUCGAUAUCAGCCAGACCAAGAGCGUGCAAGACUUCAGGGAUUUUCUUGAGAAAGAGCAUCCAGAGGGAAUCGAUAUCUUGAUCAACAACGCUGGCAUAGCUAUGGAUGGGUUCGAUUCCAACGUAGUAAAAAAGACGCUGGAGACAAACUACUACGGAACUCUAGAGGCAAGCCAGUCGCUGCUGCCACUGAUCAAGCCUGGCGGAAGACUGGUCAACGUAUCCAGCACGUCCGGGCUGCUGAACAAGUACUCCGACGAGAUUCGUGACGCAUUCCAUGCCGCUGCCAAGACUUCCGUCCCAGCCGUGACAGCCAUUAUGCAGCAAUUCCAACAAGCCGUGGAUCAAGGCAAAGAGAAGGAAGCCGGCUUCCCUUCCGCAGCAUACGCGGUGAGCAAGGCUGGCGAGACCGCGUACACGAAAGUGCUCGCCAUGGAAGAGGCGAAGAAGAAUACUGGUAUCCUGGUCAAUGCAUGCUGCCCGGGAUACGUCAACACAGACAUGACCAAAGGCAGAGGCCGGAAGACGAUCGAUGAGGGUGCCAAGACACCAGUCAUGCUUGCUCUGCAGGACAUUGGAGGAAAGACGGGUGAGUUCUGGAGGAACGAGGAGGCGGAUGAGUGGUAG